CCGACAUCUUCAAUCACACCAACCAGUCCACAAAUCUCACAAGUCCAGAGCCACACCCAAUCUCUAGCCAAUAUCUGAAUCAAAAGUGUCAAGAUUAUGGCUGUCUUCUAAGCCUUUUGGCUCCCUUUCCCCGGUUUCUGGUCUCUCCCACAAGGACAGACACCAUAGCUUCCACUCAGUUUCCUCAUUCAACUCUCUCAACUCUCCCUUCAGAGCCUCCUUUUAUAGGGCCUCUGAACUCCAGCAUCGCGCAGCGUAGCUCAAGUUCUUCGUUCCCAACAGCCAUUUCACCGUUCGACGUCACGUCGUUCACCACGGACAAAUUACAGUCACCAUGGCCUUCUCAACCCCCAUCAUCGCAGCCUCCGGCUCAAAACUCGACGCUCUAUCCGCAGGACGACUUCGUGCUCUAUCCGAGUCCUCGUGUCUCUUCCCGUCAGCAGGUUCCUCACACCUGGACCCAGCGUGCGAACCUGUCCAGCUCAGAAACCCCUAGACCCAAUUCCCAGUCUUCUUCGGGUUUGGCCUUUACUUACACUCAACAUCCUCAACGGCAUUCGGGUCGCAACCACAUCUACAGCGGCUCACUUAUCCAGGAUCCCCGAGUAGCUAAGGUUAUCUCACAGUCUCAAGGGUUCUCUCAUUCGUCGUCUAGCAACAAGUCCAGUCCAUCUGGUGUGAAACCUCCGAGUUUCUACGCCGCUUCGGCUCCGUCAAACUCGCCUCAAUCCAAUCGUCCUCCACUUUUUAGUAACAACACGGAAAAUAUUUCUUAUCGGAAUUUGAAUAUGCAACAACCUCAUCGCCGUAUCAUGUCUACGUCCAGUAUACCUCAAGAUUUUGCCGAGCUGGCCGAUUUCGCUGCUGAUUUCACGGCAGCGGAUUUCGUCUCGUCUCCCGCCACGCCUGACUUCACUUCGAUCAAUCAUCCUACCAAGAUGGGAAACCAGGUGACCGUCUCUCCAAAAGAUCUGAUGCUGGAUGCUUCCUUCCCACCUUCAGCCACGUUCACGGACAUCAGUACCCCUUCUUUUGAUUCUCCAGGUUACUUCAGCCAAAACACUUCCCCUCUUUUUGUCGCGGAUUCUGAUCUUGCCCCUGGUCACGAGCACUGGGACUCACUAUUUCCCACUGAUCCCCAUGGUUCAACCAUCCUCGAAGACCCAAAAACCAUUCAGAAUCUGUCAAACUCCAUUUCUGCAUCCCAUUCUUCCUCACCAGCACUCAAAGGCACCGAUUCUUCACCUGAGGAAUCUCCUCACCCAAAUUGUCGUUCAUCUAUUCGUCCCUCAUCUAUUUCUGGUGUUAAGCCUCGCCAUCGCGAGAAGCCUCUGCCGCCAAUUGAAUAUGACCCCACGGAUGCGACUGCUGCCAAGCGAGCCCGCAACACGGCAGCUGCCCGGAAGUCUCGUGCUCGAAAGCUAGAACUACAUAUGCAGAUGGAACAGAAAAUCGCGGAGCUGGAAGCGUCCCUGGAGGAAUCUCGCAAGCGAGAGGCUUAUUGGAAGUCGAUCGCUGAAGCCAGGGAGUAAACAUUGAACUAGAUGUUCCAAACAAAAAAUUUUUUUGCGUGCUAGAUGGUGACUGUUCCGAUUGUUUUCAAAUUUUGAUCAUCGUCCUUCCGUGUUAUUGUCUGAUCGUCGUCCUUUUUGUUGGAAUAUGGGAUGAUGGGAGGUUUGAGAAAAACGCCAUGAUUAAGCGCACCUAGUCGUCAAAUUGGUAAACUGGUGUGAUGUACGAGAUCUUUACUGACUCGGUUUCUCCCUGUGACACCUUUUUUGUCGACGGCCGCUUCCACCAAUCCUUCCAUGUAUGUCUUGCCCGGCGUUGCCAUAAUAUUUUCUUGCUUCGUUUUCGGGUCUUGACUUCCAACUUUCUCUACCUUGCUUCUAUCUCUUGCGUCUGUGCAACUACUUCUGCUUUUUGUAACCUGCCUCCCGUUUUUGAUUACUUUGUUACCUCCCGCGCGAAACAUUCUAUUUCUAUAUCUAAUCGGCCGGUUCUGACUGUCUCCUCGCAUAUUUUUCCGAUAUUACUUCGGAAAUAAUAGUGGGAUUGACUCGUGGCUCUUGAUUAUUUUUUCUUCUCUUUUUCAGUUUGUCCUGACUAGAUGUUUGUUUUAUAUUGUUACUUUUCUUUGUGCUUCAUGUACUUCACACUACGUUAGAUAAACUAGAUAAAACAUAAAAAAAAGAAAGCAAAUUUUUUUGCACUUUG